AUGAUACGGACGUAUAAGAAGAAAAGUUCAAGACAUAGAAAAUACACAUAUUUAGCACAACAGACAUACGAAAUAUUUUCAAAUGCAUAUAUUCAAGUUGCAACAAAGCCUACAGCAAUCAAUGCCUUCAAAAAUUGUGGCAUAUGGCCUUUCAAUCAGAAUAACUUUACAGAUUUAGAUUUUUUAGCUGCAUCAACCACAAACGUACCGCUAGCAAACAAUGAGUCUGAAACAGGUCCUUUAAAUGUCGGAAUCCAACAACAAUCGGCGCUACCUAUCCUUGAAGAACUUCCCCUUGAAGCAGAUUUGCCUGCUUUAACUACACCUCAGCCUCAGCCUGGACCAUCAACAUUUAAUGAACAUAGCCUAAUCCAAUCUCCGAUUCGAAAAGUAUAUCGUGAUUUGACAACUUCGUUUGCAAUUGCUUCGCCUCAAGAAAUUCUCGCGAUCCCGACAGUCAAACAAAGAAACCAAACGAGAAAAAACUAUCGCCGAAGGAAAACUGUUGUUCUCACUUCAACCCCCUACAAAAUUGAGUUAGAAGAAAAAGAAUCACUUAAGAGAACGAAGAAGUUUUCUAAUCCAAAUAACCCCAAAUUAAAGAAGAACUCUAAGAAACAGAAGACCCAAAAUGCUCCCUCUGGUGUGGAAAAUACACAAGAUACCAUGUGUCUGUACUGCCUUUACGUGAACCACACUUAUUUAAAGUCUUCGGAAGGUUGGGUGGCUUGCCAACUAUGUGGACGGUGGGCUCAUACAGCUUGUCCUGGUGUAGAUGACGACAAUACAGAAGAAAUCAACAUUUUCUUGUACUGUAACGCAAAAUAA